UAACUCGGUUAGUUCAGAGCACCACUUUUGUGCGACCGGUCGACAGCAAAAUACGCGAAGUCGAAGAAUCAGUAUUUUUGGCAGAGAAUUUCAACUCACUUUUAUCUACAAGUCAUGGUGUUUUGGGAAGAAAGACAGAAGACGAAUUUGGUUCGAGUAGUAAGGUUCACAGUUCUGGCGCUUCUCCUCAAAGAAGGAACAUGUGAUUCAAUUUGUCCCAAUGGUUUAAUAAACAUCACUGCAUCCAGCGGCAGCCUCAUAUAUCCCUCGUCAGGUAAUUAUGGCGUGAAUGAGACAAAGUGUUGGAAAAUUGAAGUUCCCGACACAUAUGCAGCAAUUGGUUUUCGUUUUUACAAGUUUGACUUGGAAAGAUGCGAGAAUUGCAAAUGUGAUCAUUUUCAGAGUGGUGUCACCUACAAUAAUUUAGAUGUGCAAUCCAAAUCAUGUGGACGAUACAGUUUCAAUUAUUUAUACGAGUAUCUCUGGUUCGUCGAUUGGAGCGGUGGGAUUUCCUCUAGUGUUUCGGGAUCGACUGCCUACAUCCGUUUCGUGUCAGAUGAUACUGAACAUUACAGUGGAUUCAAUCUCACCUUUAUUGGUGGCUCCAGCGCUGAGGGAGACGUAAACUAUCUGAAUGCCACCGAAGACGAAACUAUUACGUUUGGCACACCAAAGGCUGGCGCCGAUGAUUACCCUUCAAAUUACAAAGAACAAUGGUUUUUAAUUGUUCCUGAAGGAAGGCAGGUCCAGAUAGACUUUGUCUCGUUCAAUCUGGAGGACAGCGCGGACUGCCAAAAUGACUAUGUUGAGUUCCGUGAUGCAUACGUUGUGCUUGGUGAUCCUAAAUCAAUAUCUGGUGAGUACGGUCCAAUUCUGACCAACCGCCUGUGUGGAAGUACAAAACCGAGUUCGAUACAGAGUCAAGGGAACAUCGUUUGGGUUCAGUUCAAGAGUAACAGCAACUCUACCACAGUGUACAAGGGAUUCAAAGCAACCUUUAAAGCAGGCCAAGGAAGAUUAUUUGUUUCCAGCCCGCUUACUCUGCUCUUCCUCUCCGCUUUGCUUGUGGUCGCAUCAAAGAACAGCGUGUUGUAAUUUCAUUAACUGAGUACCAAGCAGGAUUUCAGAAUUUUACAUCGCUUUCAGUUCCCUAGCACAAUUUCAUAAAAAUUACUUAGUUUUUUUAACGUGAAUUUAUACUUGAAUGUACAAGGUUGAUCUGUAUUACACGUAAUACCAACAACUUAAAAAAUCGGAGAGUUUCUUUUUAAGUGUUCUGUCAGUUCCAGGCUAGAUAGCUGACGUCUUCUUUGGUGCGUGUGCGCGCUCGAGGAGAAUGACGGUGGCGGAACCGCAUGAUGCCUCCAAAUGCUCGACGCCAACAACCAGAUAACCAGACUGAUUAGUAUUGCGUGUUAAAAAUUGACGUUUUAGUCGUUUA